GUCGAAUACAAUAUUGCCAAGUGAAUGCCCAUUUAUCUGAUCCUCUAUGUGUGACAACGGGUGUACCACAAGGUUCGGCUCUUGGUCCACUCUUGUUCCUAAUUUACAUAAAUGACCUACCUAAUUGUCUGGAACACACUAAAGUCAAUAUGUUUGCCGACGAUACCCAAAUUGAAACGGCAGGUUAUGAUGUUAAUACAAUUGCUGAGGAACUUAAUCAAGAUCUAGAAAACGUUUCA